CCAACACCGCGUUUCUCCAAAGGAGAGAACAUCACUCAAUCUAACUAUCUAUCAUCAUUCAUCACUUCAUUUCAUUCUCCAGAAAAAACCCAAACCCCCAUGUCGCUCUCCGCCACCACCGUGUUUCUACUAACACUGGUGGCGCUAACUACCACCACCAUCGCCAUCACCACACCAAUCAUAGGUCUAGACUCAUUUCUAACAGACCAAUCUCGCAUCGAUCCCCAAUCCACACAAGACUCCUUCACCUCUCUCCCAACCACCAUAAAAAAAUCUCUCUCCAAUCUCCACCCUCGCUCCCUCUCUCUCUCCCUCUCCCCAAUCCCAAUCUCUCUCACUCUUCACCUCAUCGGUGAUUUCCCUCCCAACACACGUUCUCUCCUCUCUUCCUAUCUCUCUCGUCUCCCAUCUCCCUUCGACGUCAUCACCCCUUUCUCUCAUCUCUCCCACACUCUCUCCCUCUCCCAUACUCUCCACCUCCACUUCACCAAAUCCCAAACCCAAACCCUCUCCAAUUCCAUUUCCCAAACCUUAACCUCACUCUUCCAAACCACUCCUUCCCCACUCCGAACCUCACUCCUACCCUUCCCCUAUUCCUCCAUCGAUAAAAUCAUUAACGAACAUUUCCUUUCCUUAUCUUCCAAACCUGAAGGCUUUCAUCUUUACCUAAUUAACCUCCCCAAACCUAAAACCGAUCCUAUCACUAACACUGUUAAACCCUACGCUUACACCUAUACCUCCACCGCGUCGGAUAAUUCCUCUCCCGGUUUCACUAACUGUCUUGGAACUUUCUGGACUUCUAAAAACCGUUAUUUCUGGAUCGAUCUAUCCGCCGGUCCCGUCGAUUACGGUCCGGCGAUAUCCGGCGAUGGACUUAUACCUAAAGGAGAGUUCCAUCCUUUUGCUACACUCCACGGCCGGCCGAAAUCGCAGAAAGCAUUUGCGGCCGACCUCGCUUCGCUGGUUCGGAGUGCUUAUCAGGUUUUUCUAACUCCUUCUUUGAGAAUUCCUGUUUUUUUUGAGAAUAAGCUUGUUGUUCAGUUUAUUCAUGUUUAUUCCGGUGGGGAGAGUGAUAGGGAUAUGAAAGGAUUGGAUUGGAAAUUGAUUGAGAAGAGUUUUAGAGACGAGAGUGAUGGUAGUGGUAAGGUUUUGUUAGGGGAUCAAAGUUUGAGUUUUAAGGUUUAUGAUAUUAAAUAUGACGAGUGUCCCAUUUGUUCAUUUGCGGUUUCUAGGUCGAUUAAUUCGUAUACUUCGAGGUUUUUGUUUGAUAAUUAUACUUUGAUUGUGAGUGAGUAUUUGGAUUCUAAGAGGUUGCAUCAGAUUUUGUCUGAUAAUGUUGAUGAGAUAAGGAAAAUCGGUGGGAUUCCUGAGGAGGAUUCCGGUAGGGUUGUGCCUGUUUAUGUUUUUGAUUUGGAUCACACUUUGUUGUUGAUGUUGGAUCGGUAUCAUCAGAGUGUUGCUUUUAAGGAUAUGGUGAUUGCGGUUAGGACUAGGAAUACUCAGACGGUGAGUGAUUAUACUUGUAAUGGACGUCAUGUGUUUGUGCAUACGAGGGAGCUUGAGAGACCUAUUGUUGGAUCAGUUCUUCAGAGUAUGUGGGGGGUUUCUCCGACACAUUUAAAUUGGAGUCCUUUGCAUAAUAGUACUUUGGUGGAUUAUACUUGGAGUAUGGGGCAGACGCCGUUUGGUCCGUUUUCGGAGAUUUCGUCAUUGUCUUUUGUGCAGAAGGAUGCUGCAAGGAGGAAUGUUCUUUUGACAUCGUUGAAUUACAGUGUGACGAGUGCUAUUGAUGUUCUGCAGUCUAUAGAGAUGCACGGUGGGGACAGGAAUCUGAUCAGGCAGAAUCAGCACGAUGAGUUUGUUCAGAGAUGGAACCUUUUCAAGUACAAGCUCAACAAGGCAGUGUCUGCGUUGUCGCAUUUGGAUUACGAGAUGACUUUGUUUUACUUGAGGUCUUCUGAUCAUGAUCUGUUUGCCAUUCACUCCAUGGUGUACCAUGCCUCUCAAGAAAUUGAGGCGUCUCUCGUGUGCUUUAAGGACCCUCCCUUUCCAUGGGUUUCGGUCUCAACUUCUGCCGCGGCUUUCCUCGCCCUCUCUUAUGUUUAUGCAAAGCGACAUAAAAUUUUCAGAAAUAAAAGGAAGCAAUUUUGAUGCUCUCACAACAGGACAGAAGUUUUGUAUGAUUUUAAGAAAGCACUACAUGUAUCAUUGUACAAGAGGUAUGCAGACGGAUUUGAUAUUUUCCUACUUUGGUUGUGCUUUGUAAACAGUUUUUUUAGGGAGUUAUCUUACCUUUUCAAUAUGAUGAUAUAAGUUUAUCAUUUCCA